CGGGGCGGGGCGGCUCCCUGGGCCCGGUGUCUGCCCUCGCGGCGCGGGUGCAGCGCUGCGGGGCCGGCGCGGAGCCCGCCCGGGCCGCGGCCGAGCCCCUGGGGAGCUUUUCGGGGCUCUUCGCUCGCCUCUCGGUUCAGGCCCUGGUAGCGCGGCCACCGUGGUGUCCGGAGUUCCGUCUGAUGAACACUCGCAUAAAAGUGGUGUGGAAUUGCUUGUAGAAUUCCUUGCUGAAGGCUGUAGAGGCAAAAGAAUUUGAGAGAGACACUGGAGAAGAUCCAUUAAGGUUUGCCGACAGGCAGACCACGCCAGGUCAAAGAAAUCCCCCAAGCCAGAGGUAACUGGAGGCAGAGAGCACUUGGUAGAGUUUUAGAAUUACCCAGGAUGUUUUCACUAACAGAAAAGGACAGGCCAAUUGUUCAGCUGUUACUGAACACUGGGACUUGCCCACGAUGUGUUUUGAGGUUCCGCUGCGUGGGAUCACAGACAAUUUAUAGACGUCCAUACAGGGAUUUGAUGAAGGAUUUAGAAGAAUUUCUGAAAAAUCAAGAAAAGGAAGAUACCGUUUGUUGUGACGUAGUGGAUCCACCUUGUAAGAGAAUCAGACUUGAACACACAGAAGAAGGGCCUGAUGAUGUGAACCACAAUGGAGCACUCCAGCAGAUUCCUUCGGUUAAUGAUGAAAAUACUGCAGUGGAGAACUCUGCUGUGAAGGUUUGCAAUGUGUGUUUGGGAAUUCUUCAGGAGUUCUGCGAGGCUGACUUUGUUAAGAUGGUGUGCCAGAAGGUUAAUUCCGCUGACUACCAGUUCACUAGUUUUGUAUUUUCUGUCUCUCUACCCCCACAGCUGUCUGUCAGGGAGCGUGCUGCUUGGCUGCUGGUAAAACAGGAAAUGGGAAAACUGGGCCUUUCCUUGGCAAAGGAUGACAUUGUUCAGCUAAAAGAAGCUUAUAAGUGGAUCAUUCAUCCCCAACUGUCAGAAGAGUUGGGUGUUCCUGCUGAUGGAAAGAGUUUGUUUGAAGUUAGCGUGGUCUUUGCGCACCCAGAAACAGAGGAGGAGUGCCAUUUCCUAGCCACAGCCUGUCCAGACUGUUUCAAACCAGCGAAGAACAAACAGUCUGUUUUCACUAGAAUGGCAGUUAUAAAAGCCCUAGAGAAGAUCAAAGAAGAGGAUUUUCUCAAGCAUUUUCCAUGUCCCCCAAGUUCACCGAAAGACCUCUGUAUUGCUCUGGAUAUUCAAUGUAAUAAUGGUGCAGUUUUUGUGGCAGGAAGGUACAAUAAAUACUCAAGGAAUUUACCUCAGACUCCCUGGAUUAUUGAUGGGGAGCGGAAGCUGGAAUCUUCAGUGGAAGAACUGAUUUCAGAGCAUCUAAUGGCAGGAUUCAAAGCAGAUAGCUUUAAUUUUUCUUCCUCUGGAAGAGAAGAUGUGGAUGUAAGAACACUAGGCAAUGGAAGGCCCUUUGCAAUUGAGCUUGUGAAUCCUCGUAGAAUACGUUUUACUGCUGAGGAAAUGAAGGAACUUCAGCAGACAAUUAAUAACUCUUCAGACAAAAUACAGGUUCGAGAUUUACAGCUUGUCACCAGAGAGGCAAUUGGUCGUAUGAAGGAAGGAGAAGAGGAAAAGACAAAGACCUAUAGUGCCUUAAUAUGGACAGACAAAGCAAUACAGAAAGAAGAUAUUGCAUUUCUAGAUGAUAUCAAGGAAUUGAAACUUGACCAGAAGACACCUCUGCGGGUUCUUCACAGAAGGCCUCUAGCUGUAAGAUGUCGGAUCAUUCACACCAUGAAGUCAGAGUACAUAGACGAGCAUCAUUUUCGCCUGCAUCUGAAGACUCAAGCAGGAACCUACAUUAAAGAGUUUGUGCACGGAGACUUUGGAAGAACAAAGCCCAAUAUUGGCUCCCUUCUGAAUAGAACUGCUGACAUUCUGGAGUUGGAUGUAGAAUCUGUUGAUGUUGACUGGCCUCCAGCCCUGGAUAAUUAACUUUUCAAGUUGGGACGAGGAAGAAGCAGCAGCUCUAUCAGCAGCUGGUUACUGAGCACUGCACAGUAUUGCAGCUUGGUUGCGAAGUAUUUCUGUUGACGUUUGGAUCAUAUUGAUCCACCAAAGGAUACUGAUACUUGAAUAAACUUUAAACACUCUGGAACAGGUAGUAUCCCUUCAA